CACAGCCUUUGUUGUAUUAUCCUCGGCCUUUUCAUGAUCACCCCCUUUUAAAUCUUUCCCUACGCCCGCCCAACGUUCAUCAACAGCACUCUCGGCUUCACCCUCGGCACGAAUAACAUUGGCCUGGCGCUCCUGCUCGGCCCGCUCAACGAUGAAGCGCGCCCUCUCGGCAUCCUGCUGCGCAAUCUGCUUCUGCUCGACGGCCUUGGUGAACUCCUUGCCGAACGUCAUGUGAGUGAUGGACACAUCCUCGAGAGCAAUGUUGAACUCGCGGGCACGCUUCAUAAGGUCGGUCCGGAUCCGGUUGGAGACAGCCUCACGCUGGGUGAUGAGCUCGGCGGCAUCGAACUGGGCAACGAUAGACUUGAGGACUUCGUUACCGAUGGAGGGGAGCACACGCUCAUCGUAAUCUUGGCCGAGUUGCUACAUGAAAAACCGUCAGCGUCUAGCCCAACAAGUACUCUGAUAUAUAUGUGCAAAGACGAACCUGGUAGAUCUUGGGGAGAGCCUGAACAUCGGGCCUGUGGAGUACUCUGAGCGUCAAGCUGACCAUUUGCAAAUCCUUGGAGCCGGUGGUGGUGCCUAUGAUGCGAGGCUUUGUCCGUACAUCGAAGAUGAUGGCCUUUUGCAGCCAGGGAAUGAGGAAAUGUGUGCCUUCGCUAACGACCUGCUCCUUUACACCGGACAUCCUGUCGAAAAUAACAGCUCUGGUACCGCCCUUGACAUCGUAGAGGGCCGACUGGAGAAAGCUUGCGCCGACCACUGCGGGGAGCGCAGCCGCAUAAAUGAAACCGAGACCUCUGGCGGCCAUUGUGUGUAGAGAGGCGCUGUUGACCUCGACUGUGUCGGUGGGAUUCCUUUGCGAUGGUGAUGGCGAUGGGAAUGGAUGGAGCUCUUCUGAAGUGGGGACAUGAAGCUCUGGGGGCAGCCCACUUUCCAAAUGUUCGUCGUUGAGAGGUGGCCCGGGCGCAUCCGGGGGGUCGGCACGGGCGAGCUUUUUUCAGGUUACGUACCGCAACUUGGCGCUAAGCCGCUUUGGGGAUUGCUUCUCGGCUUCUGUCGACUGAUUUCAACUUCAAGCUGCCGCGUGCUAUUCCGAACUUCGCUUGCGUCGACUACGAUUUCGAUUGAUUCCCGCCCACGCGCCCGUCUCGAUACACCCUCAAUUCAAAAUGCAGCCUACACAGGUCCGUCUCGGCGGUGGCAGCAAUGCCCCCAUCGGCCGCCACAACAACUUCCUCGGUAACUGGGGUAACUUUGGUGGCAUGAAGCAGAAGGGCAUUGUCUCUUACGGUAUCGCCCCUAACCGCCAAAAGCCCCUCGCCGGUGCUUUCCACGACGCCAUCUUCAACACCUGGAGACGGUUCAGCACCCAGGUCGUCUACUGGGCCCCUCCUAUGAUUGCCGGAUACUACAUCAUGAACUGGGCUAUCGAGCGGAAUGAGUACCUCAACUCGAAGGCUGGCCGUGCUGAGUUCGCCUCUGAGGAGGAGUAAAUCAGAUUAGAUGAGAUGAAGAAGUGGGCCAGGGGAGAGUGUGUGAUAGAAUAGAGGAACCUGUAUAUCAACUAACCCGGUGGUCAUGAAUUGGAGUCGAGGGUAGAACUCACUUUUGGUUUCGAGAUGACAUUCCUUUGCGUUCUGUACCAAGGAAUUCAGUGCACUGUCAGUUUUAAAUCACCGCAUUGAGAGCGUCGAGGCCCGGGUUCUUUCAGCUACAUGGCUGACAAGUGGCUGUUACUUCCUUUCCGUCAACAUCUCCACGAACAAGCCUG